GAUCGUCCCACUAUUUACCUACACGAACCGACCACAUACAGAGCGUCAUUUGCCCCACAGAUAAAACUAAUCUACUGCUAUACGCUUAGACCGUCAGCACUAGAAUAACUGAGAGUGAUCCUGGCCAACAUAACAUGUAUGCCCGAAGUAUAAAAAUCCAUACACACCACAUGAACUUCCCCCCAGUCUUCCAAAGAACAAAUAGAGAUCCAAACAAAAACCCCAGUGAAAUAAAAUCAACAUGUCCCCCAAGCCAACCAUCCUUCUCAUCCACGGCGCCUGGCACACCCCAGCCCACUACGAGCCCUACACCACAGCCCUGCAGAACGCAGGCUUCGAAGUCCACUGUCCACACCUCCCAACCUGCACGGGCCAGUCCCCCCCAACAGCCACCUUCGCCGACGACGUCGCCCUAAUCCGCCAAACCCUGCACUCCCUCACCUCCGCCGGGAAACAAAUCCUCCUCAUCAUGCACUCCUACGGCGGCUGCGUCGGCACCGACGCCGCCCAAGACUUCCUCCACCCAUCCCCAAACAACAAGAACCAACCUCCAAAAGGAGGACAAGGAAGCAUAAUCCACCUCCUCUACCUCUGCGCCUACAUCCUCCCCCCCGGCUCAUCCAUCCAAACCAUCAUGGACCAGGCCGGCGUAGACGAAACCCUCUGGGCGCAGUUCAUGGACGACGAUGAAGCCGGACUCACCCUGCCCCGGGACCCCGGGCUGUGGUUCUACGAAGACCUGGAGCCGGAGACGGUGCAGAGGUGCAUGCAGGGGCUCGUGAGGUUUCCGGUGAGCGUGCUCCGGGAGAAGACGAGCGGCGAUGCGUGGCGCCGGUGUCCGGUUACCUAUGUGAAGACCGAGAGGGACCGUGCUGUGCCUGGGCUGUUUCAGGAUUUGAUGCUCGAUGCGGUGAAGAAGGAGGGCGUCGAGAUUAGGGUUUUGGGGUUCGAGGCUUGCCAUAGUGUUUUUUUGGAGAAUGUUGGGGGUUUGGUGGGGGUUGUUCGGGAUAUAGAGGCUGGGGUUUGUUGAAUGGGGGGUUUUGGCUGGGUGGUCAAGUUGUUUGUGUCCCCUUUCUUGGGAGUAGGUAGAUAGGACUGGAUUAUAUUAUAUUGAUAGUGCCCUGCACUGAAAAUCAUAUCUAUCACCAAGGUGGGGGAUCCUCUUUACACACAUGCUCGUAUGGUUAUAGUUCCCCUUGCCACUCGCCUGAUUGCAGCUUGUAAGUGAAGUUACAUUUCCUCUCAUGAGUUAGGGAAUUGGUCGUGACUGAGUGGUAGUGCAUGUCUGUGG